AUGAUUCCCACCAGAAGCCUAGCGGCCCAGGGCAACUUCUUCAGGCGCAGUGCCGAGGAAUUUGGCCGUCUCUCCAAGAUUGCCUGGAACACCGAGGCCCUCCACACCCCUACCAAACCCUAUACCCUCCUCAAUUUUGAAGAUGAAGGAACCGUCUCAGACUGCAAAACCUUUGCCGAUCGCGCCGUGGGCGGCUUCAGUACCGCAGACCUAAAUUACGAACCAGCUGAACCCUCCUCCAAUACACCUGCCCACGUUCGCUUCCACGGCAGCAUUUCCACCAAACUCCCGGAAAAUUGGCGCGUGGAACGAACAGGAUAUGCCGCAUUCCGCAACAAAGACCGUGGUCGCUGGCUGUUUGGCCGUCUAUUUUGGGAUGUCGAUCCAUACGCCUAUCUCGCGCUUCGCAUCAAGUCGGACGGCCGCCGAUACACCGUGAACAUCCAGACAGAGUCCAUUGUUGAGACCGAUAUCCACCAGCACAGAUUAUAUACCCGACACCACCGCCUGCAAGACCGUUCGCAAAUCCUGGAGCGAGCCUUGCCCGUGAGGUCGGCUGAAGACGCAGAGGAAGUGGAAGAAAUGUACCCCAGGGGUGUUCCCUCGGCGCUUUCCGACGUCCCCCCUGAGUCCACUAUCAUCACCUCGAAUUCUAGCACAACGACCUCUGGUACAACAGGCUGGGAGACGGUAUUUCUGCCUUUCAACGCCUUUGUCCGCACCAAUCACGGAUACGUGGUCGAGCCACAGACUUCCAUUAUCCGCCAACGGGUUAAGAGUAUCGGUAUCGGUCUCACGGAUCGUAUUGAAGGACCCUUUGAUUUGCGCAUUCACAAGAUUUGGGCGACAAAUGGUAUGGGCGAGGCGGAUAUCGAGGAGGAGCGUCGGAUCUGCGGUGCAGACGCAUUGCCGCUUGACGAAGGUGUUCAGUCUGCCUGGAUUGAGUCCAACCAGCAAACCGAGCACACGGAGAACCGGAAGAAGUCCGAGGCAAAGGAGAAGGGAUUGAAGGGCCUUCGGUCGGAGUGGGAGGAGUGA